ACGCACACAGCAGGACAACAGCUCAACAUCAGCUCAACUCACCGAAUCACAUCUAGCGCUUGUCAUUGGACACUGGUAGGAUCUAUACCAAAAUAAAUCAGGGCUUGUGUAUAUCCAGCGACUCUGACCUGUUGAACCGUUCAUGUUUACGAGGAACAGUUAAAAUGGUGCUGUCCACAGAAACACCUUACAUUAGACCUGGAGAAGAAGACCUUACAAGCUUCACAGUCUUGUGAAGCAGCCUUUCAGGAACAGCGGGCACCUGCAGUGAAGAACCCUUCUCCUGAUCUUUAGCCAGGAUCUUGGUCAGGACUGUUCGUAGGGAUUAUUACUGGAGUAAGGAGAUCCUCCCUAUAAUCAAUAUGUCAACAAAUCAAUCUUGUCUGAGGGAAAAAGACCACAGUUAAGCAACAAUGACAAAUUAAUGAACACAAGAUUGAAACCAAAGCAGACAUCAUAAAGAGCUCAACAGGGUAGUGGUCGGCAUACGCGCUCGUCCUGUUGUGGUCACUUUUUAACUGAAACAUUUGUGGUUGCAAUGGACAAACAGGCAUAAAAGUUACAUUUAGGUAACAGCAGAUAUCAAUAGAACCCAAAGAACAUAUACCACUGCAAACUUUUACAACAUGCAAAAAAAAUAGUUUUAAAUUUCAUGACAAGUCCCACAGGAGCUUCAGUGCUGGCUGUGCAAACCUGUGUAACAUGCCAGGUACUGCACAGUUGACCUCAGCUUCCAUUUCAAUUUGACUAAAGGAACCAAGACUGCAUGUACAUAAUGUGAUGCUUAUACGCAUGUGUCCUGCCAAAUUGAGUGCUAUUUGAAUUCAAAACAUCUAUGUUAAGAAUGAUGCAAGGAGGAAAAUUUAAGUCAAAGCAUUUGUCCAAAGUUCAGACAAAUGUCAAUUUAUUAACUCUGGUGUCUGCUAAACAUAAACCAACACCAACAAUAUUGGAGUUGUGCAAGUGGAGUUUCCCUUCCACACGAACCGUUCUGACUGUGAUAUAUCGACUUUGUGUGAUUUGGCCUGAGUCGCCAAGUGUUUAUUACAAUAAAAGGACCAUAAAGCAGUUGCUGUUCAGAAAGUUGGGUUUCCGAGCAACUCCAGUACAAUAAAAACACAAGUGCAGAUAUACACAUCCAAAUGCAGACAUGGAAACAGGGUGCACCUCAUAUGUCUCUUUGUCAUUACAUAAUUCACAAGCUGUAUACAAUGGGCCCUGUGGAUGCACUCCAGACUAAAUCAUGAUCGCUCACUAGUCCUCAGAGGUCAUAUACUUUAUUCUUAAGUCACUUUUAAAUGACUAAAAGAUGGAAAGAUUGAAAAAGAUUACACAUCCUUAAAUCCAAUGUAACAUUCUGUUGAUGCAAGCAACACUAUGUCAACCUGCAUACAUGGUUCUAUGUGUAUCUUCAGGUCUUUAUGUUGUUUUAUCUUGGCAGUUGCAGUCUAUGUUGGAUUUAAUUGAUUAAUUGUACCAUUUGCACUCAAAAUACUUGAACACCAUGCAUAAGCAGAGGUCACCUCUCCACAGAUCUGGCUUUCAACUUUGUCCUGUGGUGUACUUGUCUCCAUAAAGGUUUAAUAACAUACAAUGUUCAAGAUUCUUGGCAAAGCAAUAACAUCUCCUAUUCAUUCAUCUCCAGAUCUUGUGCUAGGCUUGACUUGCUGGAGGAUUAUCCUAUAGGGCAUAUAGAGAAUUUGCACGUCACAAAGCCACAUUUGUGUUGACACUUUAUUUGAGCUGAGUUUUCUUAGCUGGCAUGCAGGUGUAUAUGAAAGGCAGGCAUUAAUCUGUGACAAAGAUAAUUGUCUAAUAGCUCAAUAGUGUAAAGUCCUGACAUUGUCCUAAUCUAUCAAAUGUUUGACUAAUUUACCAAAAUAUCUUAGAAGCCAUGUUCAGGCUUGCAGAAUACUAAAAGCAUGUUAUUUCUGGCCCUAAUGUUGAUUAGUCUGAUUUUGUUGGCUUGGCUUGCUUGACUGCUGUAUGGUUUAAUUUAACUGACCAAUUACAUGCAUAGAUGACUCGACAUGGUACAUAAAUAAAUAAUCUAUAAAGCUAAGCACUGAGUUAAACGGUCUGCCUGUGAUGAACACCCAUGUCCAAAUUAAUUUUAAAAUCAUUUUUUGUCCCUCGGGAAGUUGCACACAAAUGUUUUCACUUUUAUAGUUUCACAAUAGGUCAGUUUCACCGUCUGAAAACUUGCAGAAUGUGGCCCCAGUUCUCAAUGAAAAACACAUUUCUGCUGGUAUGGACAUCAACAAACACCAAAAACAAGCCAAGGAAAUGGAGAAAGGAGUCGGACAUUUUCUGGUUGGAAAACCGCAUGUGCGGUCUCAGUAAUGAAGCAGACACAGCCAUUUCAACAGCUGCGUUUUACUGUGGUUCUUUAAUAAUGUUGCUUUAUAUUUUCUCCUGAAUUUAUUUGAUUCUACAGGGAAUAGAGCCAAGAGAGGCCGUGCUGUUUCAUUUGGGGCGCUCGACAAGGUUGCCCUAUAUCUGCUAAUGAAGCUGUGAUUCUACGAUAAUGAUCCAAAUGCUACUUCAUAGGCGGGAAUAAAAGCCCUGGGGGAUCACAACGCACUGGGCUGUAGACUCAGCCGCUCUCCUCCUCUCUCAGUGCGUAAAUGCGCACACAGCCGCGGACGCACGGCUCCAGUACACGCGCCACCACUGGACACUUUCACAGAGCGGGAUCUCUCACCCGUGGGUCACUACAUGGACCCUGCUCCGUGGUGCUAAUGUGAGGGCGUUUUAACUCGGACACGUUUUUGUCCCGGAGCAGAGGGGACAUGGCUCAACUCUCUGGGGCCACUCUGUUACCUAUCAGUGCUAUGUGCGUAGUGUUUCUUUGGGAAUCUGAGUCCAGUUCUAUCAGGACCACACUGGGAGUGGACACUUCGAGAACGGAGUGUCCUGAAAAUAAAAUCCUGACAGUGGAAUAUCCCUGUAUAGGAGCUGGAGGCAAGAACAGCAGUUGUUUUAGGAGGAAAUGCUGUGAUGGAUUCAGGUUCGUGAUGGGCCAGUGCAUACCAGAAAGUGUAGACGUGUGUGCUGCUUCCCCAUGUGAACAGCAGUGCACAGAUAACUUUGGAAGAGUGGUUUGCACCUGUUACCCUGGAUACAGAUUUGACCGAGAGAGACACCGCAACCAUAAGUCUCCAUACUGCAUUGAUAUUAAUGAGUGUGAGCAUCCUGACAGCAACAUUUGUGAGCAUGAGUGUGUGAACACAGUGGGCAGCUUCUCCUGCCGCUGUCACACAGGCUACAUCUUGGGCCCAGACCAACACUCUUGCAUCCCUGAGCACUUGAGUUCUUCAGGGAAGUCAGAGACUCUGAUGAGUGCUGGGGCCUGCUCCUUCACAUGUCAGGACUUUGUCAACAUGAAGAACAGUCUGCAGCAGCUCAAGUCAAAACUGGGCAGCACACAGGCAUCAAACCAGGUUUCUGGCUUAGCCAACAGCAGUGAUAAGCGAUCUCAUGGGAGAUCAGGCAAAACUUCUGCUGGCUUAUGUCCUCCUGGCCUUCCGGGGUCUCCAGGAUCCCCUGGAGUACCAGGACACCCAGGUGAACCAGGGAGGAGAGGUGAGCCAGGAGAGAGGGGCCCACAAGGCCCUCGUGGUGACAUAGGGCCCAUGGGUCCAGAACCUGACCUGAGGCAUAUCAAAAGAGGCCGCAGGGGAGCAGUGGGUCCUCCAGGAGCACCAGGAAAGGAUGGACUGAAGGGUGAAAGAGGAGCACCAGGUCCCAUUGGUCCACCUGGUCCACCAGGGUCCUUUGACUUUCUCCUGCUCAUGAUGGCAGAUAUCCGUAAUGACAUCAUCGAGUUGCAGGAGAAGGUGUUUGGCGAGAGGCGAGGUCUCACUCUGGACUCCUCCCCUCACCCCGGAGCAGAGGAGGAUGUUUUGGACUGGGGAUCUGGACAGGGCGAUGUCACGCUAAACUCAUGACCUUUAGCUUUCUUGACCACUGCAUUCCCAAAAGCAAUAUAGGACACUAGAGGAGGACCAAUAUGCCAUAACUGUGAGCAGCGGACAGAGGAUUACCUGUUACAAAGUGGACCACAGACUGUCUGGCUGCAGGCACUUCCCCAACCUCUUUCAUAUUUCAUGGAUAGAGAGGUGGAAUGUGCGUGCGGGCCCAUGAGUGAGGAAGAUGCUGCCUCUGCCUUUGUGUCUCUAAGCUAAACCACUUCAAACGGCACACACUUUAUCGUCUACAUCUCUUCCUGUUAGGGAAUUUUGUGUGUGUGUGUGUGUGUAUGUGUGUGUGUGUGCGUUGGGUGGGUAGGCGGGUGUUAUAGAGUCUGUGGGCCAGGCCUGGGAGCCCCUCUGCACCUGUGGUCAGGCCUGCAGCAGAUCAUCACCCUCUGAGAACUCAUGAGGUUUAUAUGAGCUGGAC